UUUGAUUUUCGAGAUCCAAUCGACUGGCAUAGAACACAUGUACACGGGUAUGUAAAAAAUACAUUUCAAUUCACACUCAGCCCAUCCGACUGGGGUUCCAUUAAAAAAACCUCCAGCCCAGACGGACCAAACACAAAAAUGCGUGGAUGCUGUGGGAGAGAGUUGGACAGAGCACAUAUUCUGGACGGAAACCUCGACGGAGGCAGCAACUCGUCAUCGGUCAUAUCAGUGCAGAAAGAAAGAGCAGUGCGACCGAGUCCAGUGGCAGCCCACGCCCGCGUUAUGAUUUUGUGGCCAUUUUAUAACUAACAGCAUUCCAGCGGCGCCGACAACUGAGCCCAAAGUCCCCAGUUCAGUUCAAGUCCCCAUCCACGGAUCCCAUCCCAGUUUUAAGACCCCAACCCCAAAAGGGCCGGGCCACACACAUCGAUGGUUUAGCUGAUGACGACGAUGAUGACCGCUCUGUGCCGCAGGGAGGAGUUGGGGGCCAAGUGCAUUGGAAACGCCGUCUGGUGACAGAAGCGGCAACGGGAGCAGAAUCAACCAUUCGAGAAGGAGGAUGUUAAGGACCGAUCGGACGAUCGAAACCUGUUGGGGUUACGGUACGAAUACACCCAUUUACUUUCCCGCUAACUCGAUAGUUUUAAUACCCUUUAAUACGAGUGGAAAGAAUAAAAGGAUGUUAAGUGUGAUGGAAUAAUCAAAUAAUCCUAUUUUGAUUAAUUUUAAAAUAAAAGUUUUAAUUUCCAAAUAGGAUAACGCGAUCUAUAUCAAAUAUGAGAAGCCUGGAUAAAAAGCAUGGAGUCUGCCUUUAAAAGCCGUAUGAGCAGAUUAAGAACGCAAUAAAACGAAAAUAAAUAUUUGGAAAAGUCGUAAACUUAUAAUUAGGCAAGUUAUUGCAAAGAAUAUAUUUAUAAUGCGUUGUGAAAUGAGUGAGAUAAAGGGGAAAUGAUAAGCUGGUAAAGUUGAAACCGCAAGAUAAACCCCUUAGAUCGUUCGUUUUUAAACAUAAUUUAGGAGCUUAUCAAAAUUGGAUUUUUAUCGCAGCUCUUUUAGCGGCGAAGAUAAAGUUUCAUGUUCGCACGAGGAGUAUUUGCAAAUUGGUCUCGAUGAUUUCGAUUGGUGGGGCGUAAGUAUGUGUAUCUGCGUAUCUAAGUAUCUGGGUAACAUUUCCUUGAACUGCCGCCGGGGAGAAGAUACAUAUCUAUCUACAGAUAGUCCGCGCCCCACAUUCCACACGUGGCCCCAUCCGCUUAUCACCAACCACUGGGUGCACCAGAUACAAUUUGUAUCUGUAUCUGCGGUCGACUUUGCUGUUGCUUUAUGGCCUCUUUCCAAUUGUCUGCAGGUCCACACUGCGGCUCACAUGUUUUGUAUAAUUAUCGUGGUUAAUGUCUCCGCGCUGGCUGGCUGAUAAAACCUUUUAUCAGUUUUGGUUUUCUUGUUUCGUUUCGCUUUUUGUUUUUUUUUUUUUGUGCUUUGUUUUUGUGUGAGUUGUGUGCUAUUUGCCUUUUAAUUAAGUUGAACAAAAAAUAUUGUCAACGCAUUCUUUAACGUGGCAACAAUUUCAGCCCAUUUUGACCUUGAGCCAAGUAACGGCAAAUAGCAGCAAAACGCGAUCAGUCCAAAAGAUACACUGUAUCUGCGGCGAAUCAACUUUCAACGCAACUCAGUCUCGUGAAAAUGAAAGUCGGAAUAUUUUGCAAACAAAAAUUUAGUUAUAAUGGCUGCUCAAACUGCAGUGCGGCUCAAAACAAAGUUAUUACGGCCUAAGCUUUGUUUGCCUUUCUGGCUCAUGGCAAAAAACCCACAUGGCCAGAUCGGCCCCAGAUUUGCCCCAGCAUCAGUAUCUUUUUUUUUUACUCUUUCUGUUUUUAGCCUCAGCAUUAGCCCCCAACCACAUGGCCAAAUUGCAGAGUUGCCGGCCAGGAGUUGCCCAAUCUCGGCUAAGAUGCUGCAUAAUUAGCUAUAAUUUGUGAGCCAAGCAAAGUGAAAGUCCCGACUGAACUCCAAACUCCAGAUGGGAUCAUCUAUCGCUCGGCUCCAUCUUGGUUUCAUCUGCAAAACGGACGAGUUGCCAUAGUUGGAUGUCAAAGGAGCAACUGCAAAUUGCCGGACAUGCAGAUGAGACAUUUUCGGGAGUCAUAACUUUUUCCAUUCGAAUUGGUAAAUUGGCGAAGUAAAAUUGUAAGCUGAUAGCGACUCUUGUAAAAAAAGAAUUCUAUAUAUGCUUAUAUUUAUAUAGUGUAUUAGUAUGAUUAUUAUUGAUGUAAUUGUUUACUAUUUUGUUACAUUGCUUAGUUAAUUUUGAUUGAUUAAAGAAUUUUUCCGGCUUACCAAUGAGUAUAAAAAGUGGUUGUAUGAUUUUAUACAAAUAAUCUAAAAAUCGUGCUCUUUGUUACAUUUCAAUUAUAUUUUUGUUUGUUGUUGUUAAACAAAGAUUUGCUAUAAUGGGCCUCUAAUAAUUUGAUUUCGAAUUUUAUUUUCCAC